AACCCCUCUGCAGCUGCUCCAGGCGUUUCAGUGGCAUUUGGAAAUUCCCGGGGAGGUGAAGGCAGGGGUUGGACAGUUAACCUUCUGCGGCUCCGGAGAGAGAGAGAGAUGUCCUUCAGGUCAGCGAUGGUCUACGGGUGGAAUUUCUGGGCAGCUCUGUCCGCUGUCUUCCUUGCAGCCCAUACCUUCCCGCACACCAAUAUUAAAAUAAGACAAGCGUUGCCAGAGUCCAUCCUGUCUUAUUCUUGCCCUCUCUUCUGGACUGAAUAUGAAGGCUACUGUUACCGAUAUUUUCCCAUUAAUAAAACCUGGGCGGAGGCUGACUUGUACUGCGCAGAGUUUUCUAUCGGAUUAAAAUCGGCCAAAUUAGCAUCUAUUCACAGCUGGGAAGAGAAUGUGUUUGUCUACGACCUUGUAAACAGCAGGGUGCCCGGCAUACCCACAGAUGUCUGGAUGGGAUUGAAUGAUCUUAGGCAGGAGAGCAAUUUUGAAUGGACAGAUGGCUCUCCCUAUGACUACAACUACUGGGAUGGGAAUCAACCAGAUGAUGGGAUCCACAGUAUACCGGAGGAGGAAGAUUGUAUCCAGAUCUGGUACAGAUACAGCAGUGCUUUACGAUCUUGGAACGACAAUAGCUGCAAUCGAGAAUUUCCAUUUGUGUGUAAGAUCCCAUCUCUGGCAGCUGACUAACCAGCUUCCCUGCCCUGGAGAAAUGAAACAUCUGACUUCAAAACAAUCAGCUGGAGCGAAAUGAGAGUUGUUUUUUUUUUGGUGUUGUGUUGUGGUGUUUGGUCCUUCUCUUAGGCAUCCUUUAGCCAAAUGCUGCACUGACUCAUCUCUUCCCUCCGAGAAAUCUUUCUUGGAUCGGUGCUAAAAAUAUAUCAGAGCAGAGAAGACUGACGUGGGUUCGUCUACGGUAGCCCCGAAUCAGGAAGAAUCCAAUAGCACCUUUUCUGACUUUAACCCAAGUUUAUUAAAAUGCACCAGCUUUUGUGAGUUUUUGUCUUUGGGUGAGCUUAGGGCCUUAUUAAAAAGCUGGGGUGAGCUUAUGCCUUUUAAUAAAGGGGGUUAGGAGGCAGAGAUGCGUGACUAGAUUACUGGUGAAAGAGAGCAGGAGCCAAAAUGUGGUUAUUAUUAUUAUUUUUGUCUUCUGGGUCAAAAUGGGAGUGGGUGGGAGGAAAAUGUAACUCCUCUGAUUGGAAAAAAUAAUGUGUUUUUCCUUUUUUUUAAAAUGUUCACAAGCUCAGCUUUAGACUGAUGCAGAAAUAGCAUUAAAAGUUUUGCCUUUCAAAUAUAUCCUUUCAAAGUUGGUAUGGGUCAAUUUAGACUAGACUGGAUUGGACUGGACUGGACUGGACUGGACUGGACUAGACUAGACUAAAAUAGAAUAGAAUAGAAUAGAAUAACAGAAUUGGAAGGAACCUUGGAGGUCUUCUAGUCCAACCCCCUGCUUAGGCAGGAAAUCCUACACCACUUCAGACAAAUGGUUAUCCAACAUCUUCUUAAAAAAUUCCAGUGUUGGAGAAUUCACAGCUUCUGGAGGCAAGUUGUUCCACUGAUGAAUUGUUCUCACUGUCAGGAAAUUUCUCCUCAGUUCUAGGUUGCUUCUCUCCUUGAUCAGUUCCCACCCAUUGCUUCUUGUUCUGCCCUCAGGUGCUUUGGAGAAUAGCUUGACUCCCUCUUCUUCGGGGCAGCCCCUGAGAUAUUGGAAGAUUGCUAUCAUGUCUCCCCUAGUCCUUCUUUUCAUUAAACUAGACAUACCCAAUUCCAGCAACUGUUCUUUUAUAUGUUUUAGCCUCCAAUCCCCUAAACAUGAAGGGUGUUAACUGAUAUUCUUAUUUCCACAAGGAGAGAAGUACUUCAGAAAUUGUUGAAAGUAUUUGUAGCUCUGGUUGUAGGCUUUGGCAGUAGCCUUUUCUCGAGCUUGCUGGUUAGCUGCUGGACGUUUCGUUAGCCUAGCACUCUACCAAUGGACCCAUCAACAAAGAAACUGACUUUGAACCAGCAUACGAACCAGUGGUGGGUUUCAAUUUUUUUUACUACCGGUUCUAUGGGUGUGGCUUGGUGGAUGUGGAAUGGCUUGGUGGGCGUGGCUUGGUGGGCAUGGCAGGGGAAGGAUACUGUAAAAUCUCCAUUCCCACCCCACUCCAGGGGAAGGAUGCUGCAAAAUCCCCAUUUCCUCCUGAUCAGCUGGGACUUUGGAGGCAGAGAAUAGAUGGGGGCGGGACCAGUCGGCAUUUUUACUACCGGUUUUCCAAAUUACUCAAAAUUUCCACUACCGGUUCGCCAGAACUGGUCAGAACCUGCUGAAACCCACCUCUGAUAUGAACCAAUAAGGAAAAGGACCAUUUGAACUACCAAUCGGCAACAGAACCAACCACCUCCUCACCACAACCAAACCAGUUUCGCAACCAACCGACCACAAGACCCCACAGGAACUAUAUAAACAGACAAGAAACUGUACUUCAUCCAAACCCGCACUGAAGAUGUUACCUAGCCUGGUAAUGAAACGUCUGGGAACUUAAACAGCAAGUUCGGAGAACGGAAGGCUGCCAAAACAGAAGAUGUAACUGCGAUGAAACCAAAUCAGUAGUGAAGUUGAACCCAAUACAGGUGGUUCUUGACUUAUGACCACAGUUGAGUCCUAAACGUAUGUUGCUAAACAAGAUUUGCAGAUUAACAGAAUUGGAAGGAGGGACCUUGUAGGUCAUCUAGUCCAACCGCGCCCCCACAGCCCAAGCAGGAGACCCUAGACCA